GCAUCCCCUCUCAAAGACCACUCCACGAUCUUCUUGUAACGACCUUGUAACGACAAUCAACGAUGCGUGCCUCGAUAAUCUGCCUCGUAGUCUUAUUGGCGGCUGCUACUCUUGUUUCAUCUCGUCCAAGUGCUUCUUAUCUCGCCCAGUCUUUUCGGUUGCUGUCGACUGCAUCGUACAAAAGGCAAAGCAGCGGAUACGUUCCUUCGCAAUGCACCUCAACCUGUGAUCCUGUCAACAAUGAAGUGAAUGCUGGAUGCCCUAUAACCACGUGCUGCACCCAGUCCUUUGAAACAAGCUACUACAACUGUCUCAUAUGUGUUGGCACUGCGCUGAAUGCUACAGAUUAUACACAGGCGCAAGCCGAUCUAGACCAACUCUUCGUUUCUUGCUUCGAUUACGGAUAUACACUCCAAGAGCUCACUCUCCCUGGUCAAAACCCGUCCCGCACCCUCUCAACUUCUUUACUUGUUGGCUCUUUGCCUACAGCUACGUCCACGAGUACUCUUUCUACAAGCACUUCGCCCGCUUCUUCUGGCUCGGCAACGUCAUCUACGCCUACAAGCGCUGCGCUGAGGCUGGGCACAGGAGGAAGCGGAGUUUGGGCUUUGGCUGCUGCUGCUGCUGCUAUAGGACUGGUCGUGCUCUAGAGAAGCGGGUUGACUGGGAAACCCCUGUAUCAUUUUUCUUGAACUUUCUUAGAUCAGCACUCUCAAACGUCUUUCCAUCUAGUUGAAAAUCGUCGAUUUCUACGGGCGCUAUACAAUGUACAAACUGUAUGAGCUUCUUUUUGUGUCCUCUGUGAACUGCUGGUCCUCGCCAACAUGACACACCUGGCUAAGUGAGGGAGGUAAACAGUUCCUGUGGCGCGCAACCGAAGUCCAACGCUCAGGCACAACUAUA